AUGGUCAAGAUGGUCUCUAUCCGAAUGGCCUCGCCAUAUGGUGCUGGAGUUUUUGCUGGUGACCGUUCGAGACAACCUAGUGAAACCGAGCUGGCACUUGCAGAGCACCAGGGCAAGUAUAUGGCCACGAUUGCGAGGAGGCUCGCUCAUGGUUAA